CUUGAACACUCAUUCCCGUGACCCCCUUGUGUACACAAACAUCUUUUUUUCGACUCUUUCACAAAACAAACCAGUAACCACUCUUGGGUAUCUCCUUGGUUUCCUCAUUUGGGCAUUCAUGACGACCCGUAGCAUGGGACGUCGACCAUUGUGGUACGGUUACUUACUGUUGGUGUUGACGAUUCCGGAACCGAGUUGUGCGCGCGUACCGUGGGGGCACGCCACACCGUUGGUCUACUUCAAGGACGCGUCGUCGUCGUCCUUCUCUCGCUCCCUGUCGGCAGCAUCGACGUCCUUUCCGGCGCCGUUACCGGGCAGUAGCAGCAGUAGCAGCAACGGCGGUAGUUCCGCGUCGCUGUCUCGGGGUGGAUCGACCAAGACGAUCGUUAGCGUCGACGAUGGCGUGGAUACUCUCGAUCCGGAAGCCGCAACACUGUCACCAUCGGCACCGUUACUGCCGGAGGAAUCGACAACAGCGUCGUCAUCCUCAAUAAAAUCCUCGGAAGAGACCACGUCGACGGCACGAUCCGUCACGGGAGGCGCCUUCAACAGCAGUGUGGUGACUAACAACAGUCAGAGUGCCGCCGAAACGACACCGCCUGGUACGAAAGCGAGCACGUCGGCAGCCGUUGGUCCCAAGAAGGUGACAACCGAAUACGAACAAUUGCCUCGGCGCGGCUUGUGGAAACUCAUUCCACGAUCCAACAAGAACGAUCACAAACGGAUUGCCAAAACACUCAAGAAUCGCAACCACACCAACAAGCGGCGUAAAUUUAUGCACGCGUCCUUUGGUCUCUUGUUCGCCACGCUUAAUCACGUCAUUCCCCGGUCCAAGUUUGUCCCCGGCAUGGCUGCUUUAUCCAGUGCCACGUUACUUAUGGAACUGCUCCGUUAUCGCAACGAGUUUGGCUGGAUGAACGACGUCCUACAUUUCGUGCUCGGAAAGUCACUCCGCAAACACGAAAUGGAAGGGAAAUUCACCGGUUCCUUUUAUUUCUUUACCGGUGUCACCCUCACGGCCUACCUCUUCCCUCCCACCGCCGCUACGCUCGGAAUUUGCCAACUGGCCAUUGCCGAUCCUACCGCGUCCUACUUUGGAAGGCAAACCCGACACGUCUACUGGAGUCGGAUUGAAAACGGUCUGGGUGGAUUCGGUCGUAACAAGGGUAUACUGGGAUUUCUCGGCGGCGCCGCCUGCUGCGUACCCUUCAAUUACCGAGUUUUGAAACUAGCUAAAUUCGGCGCCGUCCCCGUAUCCAACACGGCCGUGUUGGCGGCGUCCGUGGCCCUGGGUCUGGCUGGCGCCUUGGCCGAUUUGGCCGUCCCCACUCCCGCCCUCGUUCUACCGAAAAAGGUCCUCGGCGUACGGGUACCACCCUUUCACUUGGACGACAACUUCGUCGUCCCCGUAAUGUCGGGAUGGGCCUGCGUCCGCAUUUUUGACGCCCUGGGUUGGUCGCACACCCUCGCGCUCGCACCCUUGCUCGUACUGUAAAAUACGUACCAUCGCGUUUUCGUGUUUUGGCAAAUGAAAUGGGAAACACCCCUCUAGCUUGCUGUUUUUAUACUCU